GCAGCACCACCCGCCAUAACAACAAGAAAAGGCCAAACGAGGGUUUAUACAACCUCACAACGCUCAACUUUGCUGUCUCCUGCUUUUUUACGCCCCGCAUCAAUCAUGUCCCCUCGAGCCACCACCGCGCUGCUGUCGCUCCUCGCCGCGGUCGCCGCCAUGCGCACCGCCGCCGCCGCCACCGUUGUCACGCCCACCCCGACCGACUAUGUACGUCGCAGCUACACCGUCAACGUACCUUUUUUCACUCAGUACUGGUGGGUCGGCUUCCUAAUCAUGAUCGUCGCGUUCUUUCUCAUUCUAUUGGUGCUCUACGUCGCGGUGCAGUGCCACUUCAAGGAGUCCGAUCAGCGCCGCCGAAGAAAAGAAGUCGAGGCGAACGGCAACCGCAGUCCUGUGGUGGGCAGCGAGGGAGAGGCGGAGGCAAGCGACGUGGGUAACGGGAAUCGAUCGAAUUCGGCUGGCCCGCUGCGGACGCGUCGCCGUUAUUCAUCCUGA